UGAAUAAUAUCAGUAUGUGCACCCAAUCGGAACCUGUAAACGUCAUUGUUGUUGUUCAUACCGCUCCAACUCAUUUCCUCCAAAGAGAAAACAUUCGGGAAACAUACGGUGCACGUAAAUUGUUCUUGCCGACCGAAGUUCGUGUCAUUUUUCUUUUAGGGCGCGUGGAAGACUUAAAUCUACAACGGGGAAUCGUCGACGAACAUAAUAAAUAUGGUGACAUAAUACAGGGAGAUUUUAAAGAUGCCUACCAUAAUCUGACGUAUAAAGCUGUGAUGGGUUUACAUUGGGUUUCUCAUUACUGUCCAGAUGUUGAAUACGUCAUCAAGACGGAUGAUGACGUUAUGUUUGACAUGUGGAGGUUUAUAAAGCAAGUGUAUGCUAACAUCCUGUUUAUAUCGAGAACGAUAUAUGGCAUAGCUCGUUUCAAUGACUGUAUCCCACGUUCGGGAAAGUGGACUGUGCCGUCUAAUUUUCUGAGAGGUUAUUCAUAUUAUCCAUUUCAAUUUUGUAUUGGAUUUGUUCUCAUAAUAAGUGCUGACGUCAUUCCUGACUUAUAUUUUGCUUCUUUUAAAGUCCCAUUCUUUUGGCUGGAUGAUGUGUAUUUGACAGGACUAUUGCGGUCGGCCGCUGGUGGAAUCCCGUUUGUACCAAAAGCUUAA